UGGCACACACCAGGUGAAGGAGGUUAUCUUGAUUAUUGCCUGCCAGGUUUGAGGAAUAAAAGCCACCAGCGUGUUAGUAGUAAGUAUUCAGUCAUGAUGGCUUACUUUUUGCAAGUUGCAGUGCUUUUGAGUCUGGCAGCGGCCAUGGCUGUAUAUGCAGAAAUGAAACUGGACUGUCGACAAGGUUUUGUGACGUUGGUGUGGACAGAGAGCAGGUCGCAGGCCGAUACGUCACUCUUCCGUCUGGGUAACUGUUUCCCCACAAGCUUGUCAACCAGUGAAGCCUAUUUCAAUGUCGAUCUCAACGAUUGUGACUUUAGGAGACUGGUUACUGGGGAUCAGCUGAUGUACACCAAUGAUCUGACUUACAUUUCCUCUCCGGAUUCUCACAUUGUUGCCUUCACACAUCCAGUUGUCUGUGCAUAUGAGAGGCCCGACAACUGGUACCCUAUGGCUUAUAACCCAGUGUUUCAAACCUACGGUCUAGAAUAUCUGGUCUUCAACAUUGGACUCAUGAAUGGUGACUUCUCGGGCCCCGCUGAAUCUACUAGCUUUCCUUUGGGCACCCUUAUCCCCAUCAUGGCUAGCGUUGCACAGAAGACCCAUCAGCCCUUGCUGCUGCUUCUUGAGGAAUGCGUAGCGGCUACCACGCCAGAGUUGCAGCAUGAAAGCAUCAUAUACCCGAUCAUCUCCAAUAAGGGAUGUUUUGUGGAUAGUAUGACAUCUCGCUCACAAUUUGAACCAAGGCAAAAAUCAUCAGAGAUCCAAGUGUCCCUUCAAGCCUUCAAGUUUGCUCUCGGAGAAGAGGUGUUUAUCCACUGCGAACUCCUGGCUUGGGAUCCCAAUGGUGUUGACCACACCAAGAAAGCCUGCCACUAUGUCAAAGGGCAAGGGUGGGAGCUGCUCGACAACCCGGACUAUAGUGCUCUUUGUGACUGCUGUGAAUCCAGCUGCAAGUCCAGGAGGACGAGGAGUGUAGCAUCAGGGAAACGUGGAGUGGUACAAAAAGCUGUCCUUGGACCACUUACCAUCACUGAUGUGACUUUCUGAAUGGCCUCAAGGAAUGGCUCCAUUUUUACGGACUGCUUUCAAUCUGAUUUGGCUAUUUAUUCUUGAUUUUGUGAGCCUCUUUGCAUUUCAGAUUGUAUGUGGUCAAUAAAAACUGUUUCCAAACUAA